AUGCUGGAAUUACGCAAAGAUACAGUAGGACGCGCAAGCACCAUCAGCGAAUCGGUUGAAGCAGGUUUACGUUUUAUCGGAAUAUGGCCACAUUGUGUAUAUGCGAAUGUCAACUGGUGGACUUAUAUUGUGUCUGUUGCAAUAGUGCAAUACUUCCAAUAUGCGUAUGUUCUGGCGCACUUUGACAUCAGUGAUCUGUCGGUUUUUGUAGAUGGUCUAAGCAUUACAUUGGGCUACAGUCUCUCAUUCCUGAAACUGAUCAAUCUGUGGUUCAAUCGUCGAAAAUUGUACGCUAUUCUGGAUACAAUGGACAAAGAUUGGAGCAACGGGAUCGCAAUCCAUUCGGACGUGUCUACGAUGGUCAGACACGCCAAUUGGUCUCGUCAAUGCUCCAACGUAAUGAUCACCACGAAUGCGAUAUCCGUGUUCUUUUAUGUAAUCGGAGGUUUAAUACUCCGGUCAAUAGUUCAAAAUAAGGAUGAUUCAACUCGCGAACUACCUAUCAAAAUGGAAUUUCCUUUUAAGGUGGACAAUUCCCCGAUUUUUGAACUAAUCUUAAUAUUUCAAUUCUUUCAUGAUUUGUCUGUAGCUUGUAUCAUCGCUAUGUUGAACGCUUUGCUCGUUACGCUGGUACUACACGUAAGUGGUCAAAUUGAUAUUAUGCUGCAAGGAUUCAUGGAAAUUUCCUCUAAGUAUACAUCAAGAUCUUCUCUGGCUACUAUUAAAGAUUUAGUUAAUAAACAUCAGAGAAUCAUCGAUUUAUCAGACAACAUUGAAGACCUUUUCUCAAACAUCGCAUUAUUGCAAUUUAUCUGGAAUACUUUGGUCAUCUGUUGUAUAGGCUUUGUGAUCGUAAUAUCUAUUGGCACGGAAAAAGGUACUACGAUGAUAACAAAAUCCCUCAUUUUUUACAUUGCAAUAACUCUCGAGGCAUUUGUCUUUUGCUACGCUGGAGAAUAUCUCAGUGCCAAGAGUAAAUCCAUCAGCGAUGCUGCGUACGAGUGCCUGUGGUACGAUUUAACACCCAGUGAGUGUCGAAUCUUGAUGUUCCUUAUGUUGAGAUCACAGAAACGAUUAACCAUUACUGCGGGCAAGAUAACUGAUCUGUCCUUGGAAGGUUUCACAACCUGCGUUAUCAAUAAUUCGUAUAAAUCGACGAUGAUGAGCGCAGCGGAUCUAUCGCAUCGUUGCACAAACGUGAUGAUUAGUAUCAAUGCCUUAGCAGCCUUUUUUCUUUCAAUCGGCGAGCACUUGCUUCAAACGAUGGGGGAUGUUAAUGGCAUUGACAAUAAUUCUCGGGAACUCCCUAUAAAGAUGGAGUUCCCUUUCGAUGUCAGUGAAUCUCCUAUUUUCGAGUGUUUUUUAUUUGGGCAAUUCCUUUACGAAUUGGUGUUGGCUUCUAUAGUUGGUAUGAUGAAUGCAUUACUUGUGUCAUUGAUACUUCAUGUAAGUGGACAGAUUGACAUUAUGCAACAAGACAUAAAUGAAAUUUCUAAUAGCAAAUACAAUCCCAGCUUAUCCUUAAUGGUUAUCAAAGGUCUUAUUUGUAAACACCAAAAGAUUAUUACUUUAUCAGAAAAUAUCGAAAACUUAUAUACUUAUAUUGCAUUAAUGCAACUUUUAUGGAAUACUUUAGUCAUCUGCUGCACUGGUUUUGUGAUUGUAAUCACUAUUGGUACCAACACUAGUGCAACAACUUCAAUCAAAUCUGUGAGCUUUUAUAUUGCAAUCACUCUAGAAAUUUUCAUACUCUGCUUUGCUGGAGAAUUUUUGAGCGCCAAGAGUAGGUUAAUUAGCGAUGCGGUGUAUGAGAUACUUUGGUAUAAUAUGCCACCUACUAAUAGCCGAAUUUUAAUGUUUAUGAUAUUAAGAUCACAGAAACGAUUGACGAUUACUGCAGGAAAAGUUGUCGAUUUAACUCUGGAAGGAUUUACAAUUGAGAUCGGCCUCCGUUUCAUCGGCAUGUGGCCGGAUUCGGCUUAUCCGAAUCUUUAUUGGUUUAGCUACAUGAUAUCAGUAGCUAUAGUGCAAUAUUACCAAUAUAUGUAUAUAUUUGUACACUUUGACUCGAACGAUCUUUGGCUUCUAAUGGACUGUCUUAGUCUUACUCUAGCGUACAGCCUCGCUUUUCUCAAGCUUCUCGUUCUAUGGUGGAAUCGUCGGAUAUUUUAUUAUAUUGUAAAGGCGAUAGAUGAAGAUUGGAGUGAGUGUGUUAUUAAUGAUUCGUACAAAUCCACGAUGGUGAGCAUGGCGGAUCUGUCGCGCCGUUUUGCUAAUGUAUCAUUCAGUAUUUAUGCUUUCUCUGCUUUCUUUCUAUCAAUUGGCGAGCAUUUGCUUCAGUCGAUGGACAAUCAGUUCAGCAAUAAUUCUCGAGAACUUCCUAUAAAAAUGGAAUUUCCUUUCGAUGUCAGCAAAUCACCGAUUUUCGAAUGUUUCUUAAUUGGACAAUUUCUUUACGAUUUGUUGAUAGCUUCUGUAGUUAAUUUGAUAAAUGCGUUACUUGUUGCAUUGAUACUUCAUGUGAGCGGUCAAAUCGAUAUUAUGCAAAAAGACUUGGUUGAAAUUUCGAAUAAAAAGUACGAUCGUAAUACAUUUAUAUCUGUUAUCAAAAGUCUCAUUUGCAAGCAUCAAAAAAUUAUUACUUUAUCAGAAAAUAUCGAAAAUUUAUACACUUACAUUGCGCUGAUGCAAGUUCUGUGGAAUACCUUGGUUAUGUGUUGCACUGGUUUUGUGAUUAUAAUUGUCGUUAGCAGUGGCGAAGAUACAACAAAUUUAAUCAAAUCAGUGAGCUAUUACAUUGCAAUAAUACUGGAGGUUUUUGUAUAUUGCUUUGCAGGAGAAUUUUUAAGUGCCAAAAGCAAGUCGAUUAGCAACGCAGUGUACGAGGCACUUUGGUACAAUAUGCCGCCAAGCGACAGUCGCGUUAUACUGUUUAUGAUGUUAAGGUGUCAAAAGCGAUUGACAAUCACUGCAGGAAGAUUUAUGGAUUUGACUUUAGAAGGAUUCACAAGUGUUGUAAAGGCUUCUGUCUCCUAUAUAUCAGUAUUAAAUGCGAUGACAUUCUAUAAUAUCGUGGCAGCAAUGAAUAGAGACUGGAAUGAUCGCGUUGUCAGUGAUUCUUAUUCCAUCAUGAUGGCAAUUGCGGAUCAGUCACGUCGUUAUUCCAUCGUCCUAAUCGGCAUUCACUUUCUGACUGGAUUUUCCUUAACCGUCGGAACUUAUAUGUUUCGCACGAUAAAUGCUGACAGUGAAACUUCACGAGAAUUCCCAAUAAAAAUGCAAUUCUCCUUUGCGGUCUCAGAAUCGCCACUUUUUGAAUGCAUCCUUUUUGGGCAAAUUUUUGUUUCCAAUGUGAUAGCCCCUGUCGUUGGUAUGAUAAAUGCAUUACUCACUACAUUGAUACUUCACGUAGGCGGUCAGGUCGACAUCAUGCGGCGUGCCAUAAUGGAUGUGCACAGCAACAACAAACUUGGUACAUCUAUAACCGUACUUAAUGAUCUUAUUCAUAGACACCGAAAGAUUAUUACUUUGUCGAAUGAUAUCGAAACUGAUCUAUUUUCGUUCAUCGCGCUGCUGCAGCUUCUGUGGAAUACUUUAAUCAUCUGCUUCUGCGGUUUCAUGAUCAUACUUGCUCUCAGUAGUAAUAAAGGCAUAAUGGUUUUAAUAAAGACGCUAUUUCUUUAUACUGCAAAAACAUUAGAAGUUUUCGUAUUCUGCUAUGCAGGCGAAUUCUUAAGCUCCAAGAGUAAAUCGAUUAGCGACGCAAUAUACGAGUCACUUUGGUACAAGAUGGUACCGUCCGAUAGUCGGAUUUUGUUGUUAAUGAUGCUGAGAUCGCAAAAGCGAUUGACAAUUACUGCUGGAAAAAUUUUUGAUCUGACUUUAGAAGGUUUUAUGAGUGUCAUGAGAGCUUCUGCUUCGUACAUGUCUGUAUUGCAUGCUAUGACAUUCUAUAAUAUCGUGGCAGCAGUGAAUAGAGACUGGAAUGACAAUCGUGUUGUCAGCGAUUCUUAUUCCAUCAUGACGGCAAUUGCGGAUCAGUCAUAUCGUUAUUCCAUCGUGCUAAUCGGUAUCCAUUUUCUGACUGGCUUUUCCUUAUCCGUCGGUGCUUACAUGUUUCGCACGAUAAAUACUGAAAGCGAAGUUUCACGAGAAUUCCCUGUAAAAAUGGAAUUCUCUUUCGCGGUCUCAGAAUCGCCGAUUUUUGAAUGCAUUCUUUUUGGGCAAAUUUUUCUUUUAAUGUUGAUAGCCCCUGUCGUUGGUAUGAUAAAUGCAUUGCUCGCUACAUUGAUACUUCACGUAGGCGGUCAGGUCGACAUCAUGCGGCGAGCCAUAAUGGAUGUGCACAGCAACGAUAAACUUGGUACAUCUUUAACCGUACUUCGUGAUCUCAUUCAUAGACACCGAAAGAUUAUUACUUUGUCGAAUGAUAUCGAAACUCUAUUUUCGUUCAUCGCGCUGCUGCAGCUCCUGUGGAAUACUUUAAUCAUCUGCUUCUGCGGUUUCAUGAUCAUAGUUGCUCUCAGUAGUAAUAAAGGCAUAAUGGUUUUAAUAAAGUCUGUAUUUCUUUAUACCGCAAAAACGUUAGAAGUCUUCGUAUUUUGCUACGCAGGAGAAUUCUUAAGCUCCAAGAGUAAAUCAAUUGGCGACGCAAUAUAUGAGUCUCUUUGGUACAACAUGGUACCAUCCGAUAGUCGGAUUUUGUUGUUAAUAAUGGUGAGAUCACAAAAGCGACUGACAAUCACUGCAGGGAAAAUUUUUGAUCUGACUUUAGAAGGGUUUAUGAGCGUCAUGAAAGCUUCUGCUUCGUACAUGUCGGUAUUGCAUGCUAUGUAUUAA